AUGGCAGCUGCCCGGGAAAAAGUUCUGCAUCGUGAAAUUCCUCCCAUUUUCACAGCCCUCCUAGAGGUGUGUCCAUGGGUCAUGAACUUAAUGGGAGCUGAAGGGAAGACAUGGUCACCCCCAGUCCUCGAAGAUGGCAAGGCUCAAGCGUACCGGAUCAACAUUGAGCUGGACCCACAGGACAGUGGCCCUGCCCAGAGCAGGAGGUCAAUGCCCCAUGGAUCUGGGAGCAGCCCCAUGGACAACAAGCAGAUGCUGAACAUGCAGCAUCACCAACCAACCCGGCUCUACAUGAACAACAGCUCUGAGUCGGUGCUUCCAGGCCAGCUGAGUGGACUCCACAUCACUCCUGGCCACAGCAUGGACCCCGUGAAGUCUCUCCCACGGAACAGAAAUGGGAUUGAUGUGGAGUCAGAUGUCUACAAGAUGCUUCAGGAUUAUGAAAAGCCCAUUUCAGAGCCAAAGCAGUCUGGAUCCUUCCGGUACUUACAGGGCAUGUUGGAGGCCAGUGAGAAUGGUGAAAAACUCGACAAACUGAGCAACCCCCGAAACAUCAAGUCCCCAGUGCCAAAGCUUGGUGGUUCCAUGUCUGGGCUGCAGAUGCUUCCUGAGUGCACUCGCUGCAGGAAUGGGAUCGUGGGCACCAUCGUCAAGGCUCGGGACAAACUCUACCACCCCGAGUGCUUCAUGUGUGACGACUGUGGCCUCAACCUGAAGCAGAGAGGGUAUUUCUUCAUUGAGGAGCAGCUGUACUGCGAGAUGCAUGCCAAGGAGAGGGUUAAGCCUCCUGAAGGAUAUGAUGUGGUGGCUGUUUAUCCAAAUGCUAAAGUUGAACUCGUCUAAGGCUGGGCUGUGCUCUGGAGAGGUCGGAUGGCCGUGAGCCCACCCACGUCCUCCUGCCGGCUGCGAGCAGUGGAGCUGUGAUCAACCCCAAUUACCAAAGCCCAAGUUAAAAUGCCUUCUCCUAGAUAAAACCGUUUACACUUGGGAUCUCUGGGGAGUGGUGUUGAAAGCAUUCAAACAGGUUUUGCCCUUCUUUUUGACACUCUGCUUUUUGCUGUGUUGGGUUAUUAGUCUGUGCUGUAAUCUUGUCCAAGAUCUGUGUAAAUAUUGAUUAAUUCUUUACUCUCUUUCAUAUAAAACCUGUAUUCCUUUUUUUUUUUCUUUUUUUUUUUUUUUUGUUAUGCCCUCCUUCUACUGAAGAUGUUUUAGAAGAUAUUUUAAAAGCUCCAAGAAAAUAAGGCACUUUAAUAAAAUAAGCUGUCUCUUAUGUCCUAACCCUAAUUUUUUGUCCUGUGCCUGCCCCAGUGAUUAAAAACCAGCCCCUGAGAGUCAGGAUGAUACCGGUGGGUGCCUCACUCAGCUGUGUCCCAGCAAAUGUGCCAAGGAAGGGUGGUCUCUUAAAACAGUAAUUAAAAUGAAACUCUCUCAACCACAGCAGUGCAGUUUGAGGCUGACAAGAAGAAGUUUGAGUUCCCAAGAGAUCUCCACACUGAUUGUGUGAUGAGGCUUUUUUCUUCCUUUUUCUACUCCUAAUUCAAUUGUUCUGUCAUCUAAUAACCCAAGCACACCUUGAAAGGACACUGCAGUAGUCUGGAGCACCCUUUGAUUAUCCUCACCUCCUACAUUUCUGCCCACAGCUGCCUUUGCUUUGGCCAUUGUGACUAUUCCCCAGUUUUUGCUAUAAUUUUGCAGUCCUUUAUUUCUAGAUCCUCAGAUUUCUGCCAUCUGGGUCUGCCUCCCAGCAGGAAGGGGGUGAUAAAAUCCCUCCAGCCACUUAGGGAAUAACUGGAGUUUGGGUGAGCCCCAAAUCCCAGGACAGCAGGAUUGUCUUUAUAUCCAUCUCCCAAGGCAGUGCUUUUAGCCAGGUCCAUCAUCCACUUUAGUUUACAGGGAAAAUAUUUUAUAGAUCUUAAAAUGUUUCUUAGAGAAAUGUGGUUUUUUUCAUGUUAGUACUCAGAGGAAGGAAAGAGAAAGUUGAGUUGCUCAGCUUCUGGGUACUGUUGUGCAAGGCCAUGGGAGCUGUGUCUUUGGUACCACGAGGUUACUUCUGCUUUCCAACAGCCUAACUCUUCUUCCUCCUCCGUUUGAGAGAAGAAGGAUGUGGGGGAGAAAAAGAAAUGUUUGUGCUUGCUUUCCUUCCAUGGAAAAGGAAAAUAAGAAAUGGGGUGAUGGUCAAAGCACCCCUUCCCCUCCUGACUCUCCAUAAGAGGGGAAACUGGGGAUUGGAGGAGGGUUGGGAGUGUGAUCCUAGUUGGGCAGGUAAUUUCUUCCUAUAGGUUCUGCAUCCCAGAAGGGAUUUUAGGGAAGGGAUUCCCUAAAAGGGAUCCCCAGAAGGGAUUAACUGGUCUCCAAUCUAGAUCUCAUCAUGCAAUGCCUUACAGGGAUGCAGCAGCUCCUGCCCCGUGCCCUGCAGCCUCCCAGCAGCCACGGGCUCUUUCCAGCUGGGUACCACAGAGAUGCUGGCUAACAGCAGGACAUCCACCUCCCCCUCCUUCUGCAAUCAGGAAUUUUUAAUUAUCAAAGUACAAGAAACAUGGAAAUUUUUCUCACAGUGCUGAACCAUGUUUUUCUUGUAUUUACAUGGCCAUGCUUGGUCAGUUGGGCCCUCUGAAGGGGAAUGUUUAGGACAAAUGUUGUUAUAUGUUGGUUAUAGGUUGGAAGACAGAAUUUGACUUGAGUUUUUUUGAUUUAUCAGACAAAACAGUUUUGUUAUACUGUUCAGAACUUACUUACAUAGUUGGUUUGAAACUCCCAGGCUUAGAUAGCUCUCUGCCCAGAUCUCUGGCCAGUGGUGUGCUUGCAACUAAACUCCGAUGGCUGAGGGUCCCCUGUAACUUAUCCAGGGACUCAUUUUGGCAUGAACUAGGCUAGCCAAAUUGGAUUUGUGUUAUGGCCAAAUUCACCUUGUCCAGUCCAGACUAGCUGUACUGUGACAAUACUGUGACAAAUAAUAAACGAGGAGCCAAGGUAAUCAGGUGGGAAGAAUUACUUCCCUGGCUUGCAGGGCUCUGCUUGGAGCUCCUUAGGUUGCCUUUGUCAGAAACAUUUAUUCUGAAUUCCACUGUUAUCCUUAUACAUUGCUGGUUUGAGCUCUAGUGUCUGUAGCUUGAGAGUUCAGGCUUCACCCAAAUCCAGGACUGAGUACAGCUCAACUGCAUGAUGGAAGACUCACAACAUGAAUGGCACGGGAUGCUUUUCCCUGUUUUCCACGCAGAUAGUUGGAGUGCCAGUGGUGCUGUUUGUCACUCCCUGGGGUUCUUGUCCCCAUUUGAUUCUACCUGCAGGAUGCCAGGAGUCUGCAGCCCUGAUACAGGGAACACCAAGUUAUAAGUUGGUUCAUUGCCCUCAUUUUAAACACCCAGCUGAGGAGGCUGCUACCAGGACACCCUUGGUGGUCUUGCUUGGCUGCCACACCAGUACAGCACUGGGAAUACUGGGCAUGCAGCUGUUCUUUUAAUUUUAUCCCAAGUCCCCUCAAAUCAGUAUUUCCACAUGGCAUGUCAUGAUACCCUUUCUUAGGAGUAAUCAGUUCAUCUGAUGCCCCUGCAGAGCUUGGACCUGCCUCACACAGGCCCAUCCCAUGGCACAGGGUUUCCUGGCUUCAGGCCACCCUGUUCCUGUUGAGAGGCUUGCAGGAGCAAGUGUCACCUUCUCUAUCACCAGAUAAUGCUAUUAAACUCUGUAAAAUCUGGGGAGGGUAUUGCUUGUAUGAAACAAAAAAUAAAAUUGUAUUAUGGAUUUUGUCUCACA